CGCCGCCUCGCACACGCGCCGAAGGACCAGUCCGGCACGGGAGAACACCCACGCCGCGCGCCCUUCGAGGAGGAUUCGAGAAGACAGCGGACGUACCCUCGGGAGGGACAACCGCGAGAGGAGAGGAUUUGGAACGGGUGAAAAAACAGUAUGGGCGUCAUCGGAGACAACCCCAGUUACCCCGUGGUGGAUCGCGCGCCCACGUUCGGGACCGUAGUGGGCAACUUCAACGCGACGGACUACCGCGAUUGGGCAACGUGGACCGCGGUGUCAUUUCCCGUGGGCUGGAUGUCGGGCGCCAUGUCCGGCCCCGGCAUCAGGGUCCCCGCCAUGUACGCGUCGGGGUUGAUCGGUGGGCUCGCGGGGUUCAUGUGGGCUUACCAAUCGAGUGGCGGACGGCUCAUGGGAUUUCUCCCAAACGAAGCCGAGGUGAGGAGCGCGGGGCGAUGAAUCUCCGCGCGGUCCCCGGACCGUGAUAGUCUUCAACCAUGUAACUUUGCAACACGUAU